AUGUCCUUCCUUGGUGGCGCGGAAUGCUCCACGGCGGGAAACCCCCUCACUCAAUUUACGAAGCACGUUCAAGAUGACAAGUCACUACAGCGCGACCGGUUGGUGGGCCAUGGACCGGGCAUGCAAGAAGGCAUGCGGUCCCGAAACAUGAUGCCCGGACAGGACCAGAUGAUGGACGAUUUCAUGCAACAACCAGGCCAGCAAUUGAACGGACCCUCACCGCAGCCGUUCGCUAUGGAGCACAUGCGCCGCGAGCUGGAUAACUUUCAGACGGCACCUGCCCGCACAGGAUCACCCGGAUGGGCGGCGGAGUUCGACACAGGCGAGCAGGCGCGCAUGGAGGCUGCGUUCCCCGGGCAAAUGAACAACGGAUCCGGCUUCAACCCCGCAGAGUUUGCUCGGUUCCAGCAGCAGAACCGUAUGGGUAUGCCGCAGACCUCUAGCCCACAGACAGCCGCCUCGCCUAUGAUGUCGGGCUACCAGCGGCCCAUGGCCAUGGGUGGCGGGUACAUGGGAGGAAUGGGAGGAAUGGGAAUGAUGAGGCCCAUGAUGGGCGGACAAAUGGGGAUGCAGCAGCCGAUGGACGCACAGGCACAGGAUAAGGGCAAGGAGCGAAUGGUCGAGCUUGACGAUGAGAAUUGGGAGGCACAGUUUGCGCAGAUGGAUAGUGCGACUGUCGACGAUGCCCAGACGGACGAUGCGGCCAACGCGGCUAUGGAGGCGGAGUUGAAUGAUUUGGACAGGUCAGUGCCCACCGAUGCCUUUGAGUCUGUUUGGCAACGGGUCCAGGCUGAGACCGCGAGCAGGAAAAUUGCCGAAGAGGACAACUUCGAAGUUACCGAUAGCGUGCAUGUAGGAGAUCUGGGUGACUGGGAGGGCUUUGAUAGCCUGAACUCCCGGUUCCGUGAUCCCCAACUUGGCGACUACAUGUUUGAGGAGGAUAAUGUCUACUCGGCCGUCGGAAAUCCAUUCGAAGAGGGAAUGAAGAUCAUGCGCGAGGGUGGCAACCUCUCCCUUGCUGCGCUGGCCUUUGAAGCUGCCGUGCAAAAAGACCCCCAGCAUGUGCACGCUUGGACAAUGCUGGGUUCUGCGCAGGCGCAGAACGAAAAGGAACUUCCGGCCAUCCGAGCUUUGGAACAGGCUCUCAAGGUCGAGCCAGGGAAUCUAGAUGCUUUGAUGGGUCUGGCUGUCUCAUACACAAAUGAGGGCUACGAUUCCACUGCCUACCGCACACUCGAGCGCUGGCUGUCAAACAAGUACCCCACCAUCAUUGACCCCAAGGAGGUCUCCGGUGACGCGGACCUCGGAUUCACAGACAGACAGCUCUUGCACGAUCGCGUAACAGAGCUUUUCAUCCAAGCAGCCCAGCUCUCGCCCUCAGGCGCGCAGAUGGACCCAGACGUGCAGGUCGGUCUAGGUGUCCUAUUCUACUGUGCCGAGGAAUACGAGAAGGCCGUCGACUGCUUCUCCGCAGCUCUGGCCUCCACCGAGUCUGGCAGCACAAACCAGCAAGAACAACUCCAUCUUCUCUGGAACCGUCUCGGUGCCACAUUAGCCAACUCUGGACGCUCAGAAGAGGCAAUUGAAGCUUACGAGCAAGCUCUCAACAUCAACCCUAACUUUGUGCGCGCUCGUUACAACCUCGGUGUCUCAUGUAUCAACAUUGGCUGUUACCCCGAAGCCGCACAGCAUCUCCUCGGUGCCCUAUCUAUGCACAGGGUUGUGGAGCAAGAGGGUCGCGAGCGUGCUCGUGAGAUUAUCAAUGAUGGAGUCCACCCCGAUGGUCUGGACGAUGAGCGUCUCGAGCGUAUGCUGCACAUCAGUCAAAACCAGAGCACUAACUUGUAUGAUACGCUGCGUCGUGUUUUCAGCCAAAUGGGUCGGAGGGACUUGGCCGACCAGGUGGUUGCCGGUAUGGAUGUGAACAUCUUCCGCAAGGAGUUUGAAUUCUAG